AUGUCCAAGUAUAAAGGUCCCAGCUGAGCUGACAAUUAUGGUGCUAGCACCUGUUGAACCUCAGCCACAGCACCAGGGGGAGUCAAGCAGUACCCACCAAACAGUGCCAAAAUCAAAGGGCCAGGGGCUGGAAAAUAUGGCUGGCCUUGCACUGGCAUCAGGAAUCAUGACUUCAGCAUGUUUGCAGAACCAGCCUACACAAUGCGUAUAAAACACACGGAGAAAAUCUUGGCUGACACAGUAAGUCCUGGUGCCUUCUUCGUAGACCCUCACCUCUCCUGCUUUGGGUGGUGGAAGCCGUUGUCCUUCUGCAUACAGAACUGAGAGAAGAGUCUAAGUUUGAUGAGCACACCUGCCCCAACUGAAUACCACACAGAGAAAGUGCAUCCACAGAGGGAACCCUAUGCACUGGCUUAUUCCUUGGCUGACUGCACUCGUUACCAUGAAAAUGAUCCCAACCCAGCUCCCAAUGCCUGUACCCUCCCAGGGAUGCUGGGACCUAGACUACCCAUCAAGCCAUCUGCCCCCUGCUACAGCAUGGCCUCCAAAAUGGACAUGUGGAGCAAAGCCGAGGAGCUGGCAAGAGUCCCUGGCCCGGCAUCCUUUGUUGUGCCUGAACCGAAUAUCUAUUUGCACCAGCAAUCUGCCUACAGCAUGUGGAGAAAGUACAACUUCAUAAGGGACUCUACUCCAGGGCCGGCGGAUGACAAGACCCGCCGUGUCACCAUCACCAAGCCGAGGGCCCUGGAUUUCAGCCUGGGAAUCCGUCACUCCGAGUACCUCACCCCCUUGGUUAUUGAUGUUAUGGAGUGAGCGAGGCCACUACUCUGGGCUGUGGGCUGUUCUUACUCUGAGGCUCCCAAGCUGGGCCGUGACCAUGUGACACCAGCAUAUCAUUACAUGUUAAUCCUAGUAGGUACAGCGCACUUGAGGCCUGAUUCAAAGCCCUGCAAAGUCAAUGGAAAGACUACUGUUUAUUUCAGUGGGCUGUGGAUCUGGCUCUUGGCUUGAGGCUUUCUGACUUCUGUCAGUGAGGUUCACAGUGUGAUAUGACUGCACUUGCCCAAUGCUACCCCCCGUCCCUUGGCCCUUGCCCUUCCCCCUCACGUCACUGAAUGGU